AUGAAUCAUACACCAUCUUCGUCUUCCCUACAACCAUCUUCGGAUGCAAAUUAUCAAAUGACCUUUGCAGGAUCGGAACAACAGCAACCAAUCAGACAAAUUGUAGAUAUGCCUGUUGCAAGAGUGAGGAGAAUAAUGAAAAGUGAUGCUGAUGUUCGAACAAUCUCACAAGAAGCUGUUGUUUUGGUUUCCAAAGCUGCAGAAAAAUUAAUUGAACAUUUAGCUAGAGAAUCAUUGAAGAAUACAAUUAGAGACAAUAGAAAAACCGUAAAUUAUAACGAUUUAUCGGAGGCUGUUAAAAGUCAAGAUUAUUUUGAUUUUCUUGAGGAUAUUAUACCUGAAAGGAAGACUUUGGAAUCAAUUCUAGAAGCUGCCAAGAAGGAACAAUAA